CCCUGAUGAAAGGAAAGCGCCUAUUGGUUGCUCCAAGACGUUGGAGGGCGGGAGGGAGAGGGUGGCCCGUUGUCGCCACAGCAACCCGGGUCGCCGAGCCGUGGCGGCGACGGAAACAGAAGAGGUCAUGUGACGCGAGAGCAGUCUGAGGGGGAAUAUCACGUGAUGUCAGCCGGCCGCUUCCCUUAUUGAGGUGGGGAGGCCGGCUGGAUCAGCUUCUGGGGGAGGGAAGGCCUAGGGGCCCUCCCUACCCCUGCCAUGGCAUCCCCGUGGAUCCCCUAUGCUGAUACGGCCCCCGUCCUCAGCCAGCCCGAUGACACAGAGGAGGAGGAGGACCUCCAGGCCAAGAGGGAGAGGGAAGAGGAGGGAGAUGUGCAGACCAUCACGGGGAUCUCUACUUCACACGGGGUCCGCAUUGUGGGGGUCCUCUGCUUCGUCAACCUCCUGAACUAUAUGGACCGCUUCACCGUGGCUGGUGUUCUUCCUGACAUUGAGAAGUUUUUUAAUAUUGAUGACAGCAAAUCAGGACUCAUACAGACAGUUUUUAUUUGUAGCUACAUGGUACUGGCACCAAUUUUUGGUUAUCUGGGGGAUCGCUAUAAUCGCAAGUACCUGAUGUGUAUCGGGAUCACCUUCUGGUCAGGUGUGACUCUGGGGAGCAGCUUCAUUCCUCAAGAGUAUUAUGGGUUGCUGCUGCUGACACGAGGCCUGGUAGGUGUUGGGGAAGCCAGCUACUCUACCAUUGCCCCCACCAUUAUCGCUGACCUCUUCGUGGGCGACCGGCGAUCCCGCAUGCUCAGCAUCUUCUAUUUUGCCAUACCAGUAGGCAGCGGUCUGGGCUACAUUGUGGCAUCGCAGGUGAAAAUCCUGGCUGGGGACUGGCAUUGGGCUCUGCGGGUGACACCUGGCUUAGGGCUCUUGGCUGUGCUACUGCUGGUGGUUGUGGUGCGAGAGCCACCUCGUGGUGCUGUGGAGACGCACUCUGAUGCUCCUCUGCAAUAUACUUCAUGGAUAACUGACCUAAGGGCCCUCAGCAGCAACCGCAGCUUCGUGUUGUCGUCUCUGGGCUUCACGGCCGUGGCCUUUGUCACAGGUUCCCUUGCGCUGUGGGCCCCUGCGUUUCUGUACCGUUCGCGCCUGGCCAAUGGGAGCCUUCCGCCUUGCCCCUCAGAGGCGGCUUGCAGCACUUCAGACAGCCUCAUCUUUGGAAUUAUCACUUGCGUGACUGGCGUGCUGGGUGUCGGCAGCGGGGUGGAGAUUUCCCGGCACCUGCAGCGUAGCAACCCUCGCGCCGAUCCCCUGGUUUGUGCAGCUGGUCUGCUUGGCUCGGCCCCCUUCCUCUUCCUGGCUGUGGUGUGUGCUCAGGGGAGCAUUAUUGCCACUUAUGUUUUUAUCUUCAUUGGCGAGACCCUCCUUUCGCUCAAUUGGGCCAUUGUUGCCGACAUCCUUCUGUAUGUCGUCAUCCCCACCCGUCGCUCCACUGCCGAAGCUUUCCAGAUCCUGCUUUCCCAUCUCCUGGGUGAUGCUGGGAGCCCCGCGCUUAUCGGCUUGAUCAGUGACCGAAUCCAGCACAAUCGCCCCGCGUCGUUCAUGACGCAGUUCCGGAGCCUUGAGUAUGCUCUGAUGGCCUGCGCUUUCGUGGGAGUGAUCGGUGGCGGUUUCUUCUUGGCCACGGCCUGCUUCAUCCAGGCAGACCGCAAACGCACUGAGCUGUAUACGCAAGGGCAGCUGAACGAGCCAUUGGAAGGCGAAGACCGCAUUGUGGUUCCUCAGCGUGGCCGAUCGACGAAAGUCCCUGUUUCUAGUGUCCUCAUAUGAAGACAGUCCCUGCCUCUCUUAUCUGGCAUCGGGAAGGUGUGGACUCGUGCCCUCUGUGCUCAGCCAAUCCAUGGAGCCAGGGAGGGAGGCUCUCGGAAUGGACCAAGGCGGGUGGUCUCAUGGACAGCUGCUUUUUGGUGUACAUGGGAUUUUUAUAAAGCACAAACCUUAUCCAGA